CACGGGAGGGGGGGGGGGAGUGACUACUUAUGUUCUAUUGGUCCAGUAGGCAUUCUAAUACUGCGUAGUCUCUGUGCAAUAUAAUUUUGGCUUUUCCCGGUAGCAUGGCAGCUUCUCAAGGUUUGGAAGAGGCGGAGACGAAGAACGACCAUGGAGACUAUAUUUUGGAGCCACUGUCUCUGCCGGAAAGUCCAGGUGGCGUUUCUGCUGUAGAAGGCACUCCAUCUGUGCCUUGCAUAUUCUGUGAAGAAUAUUUGCCUAUAUCGGAACAAAACCAACUUCUGAAGCACAUGAUUAUUGAGCACAAGCUUGUCAUUGCAGACGUCAAGCUGGUUGCAGAUUUUAGGAGAUAUGCAUUGUACUGGAAGAGAAGAUUCGUAGAGCAGCCCAUUACAGACUUCUGUUGUGUAAUAAGAACAAAUUCUGAAGCAUCUUUAGAGGAACAGGACAGUUACUUUCUCUUAUGUGAUGCUUUACCUGAAGACAGAAUAUUAAGAGAGAAACUUCAGCAACAAAGACUGAGAGAGAUUCUGGAGCAGCAACAGCAAGAGAGAUAUGACACAGACUUUCAUGGUUCAUGCAUGUUCUGUGAUAAAGAAUUUACUGGUAACAGGUCAGGCCUUCUCAAUCACAUGGCAAAUGAUCAUGCAUUCAAUAUUGGGCUGCCUGAUAACAUUGUAAAGUGUAAGGAGUUUUUGGAACUUCUACAGAAGAAACUUGACAGCUUGCAGUGUUUGUACUGUGAAAAAACCUUUCGAGAUAAGAACACGCUCAAAGAUCACAUGAGAAAGAAGCAGCAUCGCAGAAUCAAUGCCAAAAACAGAGAAUACGACAGAUUUUAUAUUAUUAAUUAUCUGGAAUUUGGCAAGUCCUGGGAAGAGGUUCAGUCAGAAGAUGACCGAGAAUUAUUAGACAACCAGGAAGAAGACUGGUCUGGUUGGGAAGAACAUCCGGUCUGUGCAGUCUGCCUUUUCUGUGAGAAGCAGACAGACACGACAGAAAAACUCUAUGUUCACAUGGAGGAGGCUCAUGGAUUUGGCCUGCUAAAAAUUAAGACUCAGCAUGGUUUGAAUUUCUAUCAGCAAGUUAAAUUAGUGAACUGCAUCAGAAGAGAGGUCCAUCAGUGUCGAUGUUACAGUUGCCAGGAGAAAUUUCAAUCAAAAAGGGAGUUGGUAAAUCAUAUGGAAGAGACCAAACAUAUAGCAUUUCUACCAGCCAGUUCCAUGUGGGAUCAGCCACAGUAUUAUUUUCCUACUUAUGAAAAUGAUACUCUUCUCUGCACGCUCUCGGAUAGUGAGGAUGAAUUGACAGCUGGGAAACAGAGAGAGGAUGUGCCUGUCAUUAGUGAGGAUAUUUCUAACAUGGAGGCUCUCAAACGGAGCAGUGUGUUAAAUCAACUUCUUCGAGAGGAGAUAAAUAACGGAGAACCUUGAUCAUUAAGUGAAGCGUCUUUCUUAAUAUGCAGCCAAUUGCCUUGCAAAGCAAAAGGUGAUUUGGUAAUCUUAACAGUUUGAGUCUGUGAUUGUAACAGAUCAUCUCAUUGAAUUAGAUGCUCAAAUAAAAAAUAAACAUUUGAAACAAA